AUGUGCUAUGACGAAUUCGGUCAAAGUUCACAUAAACCAAUUCAAAAGACAUUUGUUACAGUGACAUUUCAUCAAAAUUCGCUUAAGGGUUUUCCUGACACGUAUACGAGCGCGCUACAGAAGCUGUUUAGGGAGGUAUUGGCGGACUACGUCGUCAUAAUAGAAGACAAAUGUACAGACACAAAUACUAAUAAACGGAAAUAUCAUGCUUGGCAGAAGGUGUUUGAAAGCUUUGUAACAGAGUUAAUUAAGUUCAAUAAGCUCAACGUAAGACAACGGGCAUUAGUAGAGCUAAAACAACAGUGGCAAAUGAGUAAAGUGGAUGCCAAAAAAAUAAUGAGUGAACACCGCAUUGCCAAAAACAAAAGUGGUGGCAGCAGACCACCUAGUCCAGAUGAAGAAACCAUUAACUUGGUAAAACUACUGCCACUGGAGUUUGAGGUGGACCAUAACAAAUUAGAUAGUGAUGCAUCGCAAAUAGUAAGUGCCACUGUUAGUACAGUCUACAUGACAUCAGUGGAUACACACGUCCACUCUAGUCAGUUGCAAUAA